AUGUUCAGUUUUGGCUUGUGGAUGCAUCAGCUGGAUGCAUCAGUGGAUGCGAAUGAAUGUCUGGCGCGGACGAUUACUCAAAGAAGUCUUGGAAAAGAGUAUGUUCCUAGUCAUUUCCUUAUGGAAGAUCAUGAUUAUGCUCUGUUCAGUACUUUUGAAGAUGAUUUUGAGCCGAUACCAACAGAAAACCUGGAGAAAGAAGCUCUGCUAAGUACAAUGCUGAGGUUUUUUUUCAAAUCAUUCAAACAUCAAAGUAUGGAUUAUGCCGUGCCGCAAAUAAUGGAAGAUGAUAAGUUACGAAGCUUGGCUCUUUUAAGCAUUCGGUUUAGUUUUGCCGGUUGCAUGAUUUGGAUCACCAGGUUUUCGCUCAUCCAAAUAAUUCUGCAUCAGAUUCCUAACAUUUCCAGAGUGUCAAGUCAGGAGCGCCUCAUCACUUCAGAAGAAAUUCUCUUGUUCCUCUUGGAAGACGGUUUGGAACUCAACAGAGCUGAUCUGGAGGACAUUUUUUCCUGA